AUGGGGAGAGGGAAGAUCGCAAUCCAAAGGAUCGAUAAUUCAACGAGCAGGCAAGUUACUUUUUCGAAGCGGAGGAAAGGGUUGAUCAAAAAGGCAAAGGAGCUUGCAAUCCUGUGUGAUGCUGAAGUUGGCCUUAUAAUCUUCUCAAGCACUGGGAAACUAUAUGAGUUUGCAAGCACCAGCAUCAAAGCAGUAACUGAGAGAUAUAACAAGUCAAAGGAGGAACAUCAGCACCUGCAGAAUCCAGCAUCAGAGGCCAAGUUUUGGCAAAAGGAGGUGGCAAUCUUAAGGCAACAAUUAGAGAACUUGCAACAAAACCACCGGCAUUUGAUGGGGGAACAACUUUAUGCUCUGGGUGUCAAAGACUUGCAGAAUCUGGAGAAUCAACUAGAAUUGAGUCUGCAGGGUGUACGAAUGAAAAAGGACCAAAUCUUAACCGAUGAAAUACAAGAACUAAGUCAAAAGGGCAAUCUUAUCCAUCAGGAAAAUAUGGAACUGUACAAGAAGGUUCACAGCACAAGACACAUGAAUGCAGAAAGCCUAAGUUCAUUCACCCCAUAUGGAACAAACACCAGAGAGCACUUGGAUAUCCCCAUCCAUCUUCAGCUAUGCCAGCCCGAGAGACAAACUUAUGAGCCACCACCAAGGGAAACAGGGUAAAAGUAAAAUUAUUUCACCUCCUUCCAAAAGUAGUUGAAGACGGAAUUACUUUUUGGUAAUUCAGUAUUGAUCACAAAAACAAUGUAUUUACUGCAGCAGAGUACAUCUACAUCAAAGAAAUGGCUGAGGAUUUUGGACAGAUGUCAUUCGACUUACUUUGAGCAAAUGACGAAGCACAAAGGAAUGUACUUCUUCGUGUGAGAUGAGCUACAAACAAUCCCAUCAGCACAAUGACCAGUAUGAUAUGUUUAUGAAAUAAACAACAAAUUCAGUUAAAGUUAUUGGCAAAACCAGAUAUCUAUCGUACCUAUGUACACAAUGACCUAAUACUACUCCACCUGCUUAUGCCUGAACCAAGAUUUAAUACCAAGAUCAUGUACAAUGUAUUUGAACUCCAUUACUGUAGUUAAAUUUGAUAAUGCAUAAAAAAAUCAAUAAGAUUUUCUAAAUUAGAGGAUUAGAAUGAUUUGAACAUUUACCUAUAACAUAAGCUACAAUGACAACAAAUAUAAGACAAAAUCAGAAACACAUCAGUGAAACCCUUGAAAUAUCACUCAGUAAACCAUACCUCAAGAUAACCAUAUAUCUGCAGGGCACCAACCUUCAGUGCCUUAGUUCUCCCAUUUCUCGUCCAAUACUUGGCAAUUGCAUGGGAGCUGUUUUAACCUAUAUAUAUUCUAGGUUCAUCUGUUCUCAAGUCAUGUUUACGGAUGUUGGACUAUGGUUUUGGUUUUUUUAGAACUGUAAAUACCUCAAAGUUUGAGACAUAUAAAUAUUGUUACACGUCAAGCGACAAAAGGUUUCUCCUUUAGGCCCAAUAGUGUAUAUGAACCAUGUGAGCAGAAAAAGUCUGCAUAUGAUAGGGGCCAUGGGGCACCCUUCUUCUCAACAACCUAGGUUGUGACUAAGUAAUGGAUAAUCUAGCAUCUGCUUUCUUUCCAUAAAAAGUAAAGUGGAAUUAUUUAGUUGAAUAUACGGCAAUCUCGGCAGUGGCAGAGCCACAUAUUAAGCAGUGGGUGAAAUUGCCCCCAUGGGAUCUUUAAAAAAUGUUUGAAUACGUGUGAUAUUUUAUAAAAUUGUAAAUAUUUUUAC